AUGGGGGCGGAGGCCGGCGAGCCCAGCUCCAUCCUCAGCUUAGCUGCUGCCUUUUCCUAUGGAGUCGCAUCUAUGGCAAUGGUUUUCGUGAACAAAGCAGUUCUUAUGCAGUAUGUUCACUCCAUGACCCUCCUCACUUUACAGCAAAUAGCGACGGCACUUCUGAUACAUUUUGGUCAAGUUCUAGGGAUGUCUAAAAGAAAAGAUUUCAGCUUGAUAACCGCGAAGAAGCUUCUUCCAGUGUCUAUUUUCUACAAUGCAAAUGUGGGAUUUGCUCUAGCAAGCUUGAAAGGGGUUAACAUCCCAAUGUAUAUUGCAAUCAAGAGGAUCACUCCCCUUGCUGUGUUGGUAGCUGGGUGCAUGCGGGGAAAGGGGAAGCCACCGACACAGGUCAUUCUUUCAGUUAUCUGCACCGCCACUGGUGUCCUCAUUGCAGCACUUGGAGAUUUUUCCUUUGACCUAUAUGGAUACUGCAUGGCUCUAACAUCAGUCUUCUUCCAGACUAUGUAUUUGAUUCUGGUGGAGAAAUCAGGUGCUGAAGAUGGUCUUUCCUCAGUGGACUUGAUGUUUUACAACAGCAUAUUGUCACUUCCAUUUCUGUUUUUCCUCAUUAUAGCAACAGGAGAAUUCCCCCAUUCUCUUACAGUAUUAUCUGCAAAGGCAGCCUCUCUGACAUUCAGUGUUAUUCUCAUUAUCUCACUGGUGAUGGGAAUCGUUCUCAAUUUCACUAUGUUCUGGUGCACAAUUGUGAAUUCUGCUCUGACUACAACAAUAGUAGGAGUUCUCAAGGGCGUCGGGUCUACGGCCCUCGGUUUCGUUCUGUUGGGAGGUGUCGAAGUGCACUCUCUGAAUGUUACUGGACUGGUGAUCAACACAUUUGGCGGUGUAUGGUACACUUAUGCGAGGUAUAAGCAGAAAAAGAAAACACCAUGGAAGAUUCAACAUGAUGUAGAGUCACAUGCCCACAAGUAG